AUGGAAUACGAGGAAGAGAUGCAAAGAGAAAGCAAAAAUUUUUUAGCAAAAUCUCCAUACGAGGUUCAUCGUUCUUAUCUUCUUGACCAAAUUCUCACUGCCCUUCUUAACCCCUUUAAAAAGAGUUUGAGCAGAAAAUUUGAGGAUAAGAAUAAUGAUGAACUACUGAUUGCCUAUUGCGUUGCUAAUUUCAAAAAGUCACCAUUCAGUAGUGCUCAAGUAUCGGGUGACUUUCAUACAUUGCCGAACAAUGUCAAGAUCUACAUCCUUAAUCACAUGCUCUAUUGUCAUUGCUAUCAAAAAGAUUUUGUUGAUGAUACCCUUUCGCCUAUGAAAAUGCGCGUUAAAAUGAUUGGGCCUGUCUCGGAAGGCGAAAACAACUUGGUACUAAAUAGCUUUGACAAUGAAUCCUGGACCGAUUGCUAUAUGGAAGUUCUCAAUGGAACUUACUACGAAUGUUUGGCGGAUUCCAAAGAAUCAUGGGUCGCUUUUAUGGAAAUGCUCAAUUCUAGUGAUGAUCAGAAUGACAAGUUGGUGUACCGUGAAUUGAAGAAUAUCUACAAAACGAUCCCUAAUAGUCUGAAAACGCUCAACAACGCAUAUACUGCUCAAAAAGCAGAUCGCGCGAUCCCCAAACGCAGAACGAACGCUGUUAAAAAUAAAUCGGAACUGGAAUCUUUGUCUAAGCAUCGCACUGCUUUCAACAGUACCAACGGAAACAGCUCUCGGAGCAGGUUCAACGAAGAUCGCGAGAAACUUGCUGCAAAAAUUCCCAUAAUAGAUAGAGGAAUUGCUGAGGCAUGUGCUGAGAAACCUUAA